CUUCUUCACGUCGGAGGUCAUUGCAAUCGGCGGCGACGGCGAUAAACCCCAUUCGAACGGAAACGGCCACCCGCUACGGUUCCCGCGCACGCCCAGCAUGUGGCCGCACCAGACGCGCGGUACGACCUUGACGGGCACGAGUGACACCAGCCGCCGCCUUCUGAACAAGGACGAGUUUGGCGAGCUUCGGCUGGACGUCGCGGAGGCGGACAUCGCACGCGUAUACCCGAGGACUGUAUCACACCGCGUGCGUGUGCGACGGUCGCUGGCGGACGAGGUGCGGUGCUGUGGGUGGGGUGAUGGUUAAUGGGCGGGAGGUGAUGGCGGAUGCGUGAUGGGUUCGGUUUGACCGGGUUGAGCACCAGGAUUUGGAAGUUAAUCGCGCUUCCCCCUAGGCUUACUGUACCUAGGUGGCCCGGCGGUAUAUCGGAACUCUGGCUACAACUGUAUCGAUGUCUCUAUUCCAAAAUAGGUCUUUCCCGCAACUCCAAUGAAUCGCAUGUUCAAACGUUCAUGUUCGUAACCUAUAGAGAUGAUCAUCUUUAUUGCCCUACCCAACUCACACUUUCCCGUGCGAGUGACCAUUCUGUGUACCCUCAACGAGCGCCAUAGCAUGUACACUGGGUCCUGCAAUCUACGUUUCAUCUAUAAAUGGGGCAUUCGCGUGGACCAUUUCAUUUGCAGCCUCUGCUUCGCCACUUUGGAGAAGGCUAUACUGCUUAUUAUAGUCUCAAUCAGGAUGGUUCAAGCACAUGGUUUUGACUGGUAGUGUUGCCGCGGUUUGAUAUACCAGUUCAAACUGACUCCUUG